ACUGGAAAUCCACAAUCAGUGGAAUAUUUCUCGAUGAUAUGAACAUUGGGCUUGUGUUCACGGGGAAAAUAGUCGAAUCUUCGCCGAGAGGGUAGGAGAACAAGGUCGGAUGUGCGAUUGCUGUUGGGGAAGUGUUCAGUAUUUUUUUUAGAUUUUUUGGGGGGUCAUGGGGUCCUUGAGGCUGAGUCUGGGGGUCUUGUUGAUUGUCUGCUUCGUUGGAACCAAGGUGGUGGUUGGAGAUGAUGAGGAGAUAUCUCUGACGAAAUUCGGGUCCAAAACUGGACCCACCAUCAAGUUCUUCUAUUGCUACUCCUGUGGAUACAAGAGAGUUUUCGAGGAGUACGCCAGUAUCUUAAGACAGAAAUAUCCAGAGCUUCAGAUUUAUGGAGAAAAUUAUGAUCCUCCGGGUUAUAACAUGUUACUCGCUAAAUUUUUGGGAACUGCGAAAAUCCUUAUUAUUCUCCUCAUAAUAUCCGGCAUAAACAUAACUCAAUGGCUGGGCCAGCAGCAGCAGCCCUUCUGGUGGGAGUGGUGCCUCAACAACAAAUUUUACGCCUGCAUUAUGAUUUUCUUUGUUUGCAAUGCCAUCGAGGGACAAUUGAUAUCCUCUGGAGCUUUUGAAAUUCAUUUUAAUGAUGUUCCAGUCUGGUCGAAAUUGGAAACAGGAAGAGUGCCCCAGCCUCCAGAGCUGUUCCAAAUAAUCGACAACCACAUUCAAAUGCUCUUCCCAGACCGGGAAUCCCUGGAGAUGUCGUUCACCAAAUAAUAAAUGCAGAGUGAUGAUUUUUUUAAUGAAUUAAUUGAGAGAAAUAAACAUUUUUAUUGCGACUGAUUGAUUGUAUCAAUCAAGCGGAAAAUAUCCAGAUAAAAGUGCAUUAGUUCCUUUUCCCUGAAGACAUGAGUCUGUCGACCACGCGUCGUCAGUUGCGACACUGUUUUCAGGCUUAUUAAUUUUUCAAUGUCAAAUGGGAGAUGAAUAGGUGUAUUGUCAUGUUAUGUAUAUAUGGUUUGUGCAGCUACAGUCGAGGCUCGACUGGUUAAUACCAAAUGGUGUAAAUAUGAACUGGUGACAAUUGUCAAGUACCUCAUGGUGAACAGGAAUUUGUGGGGGGGGAGGGGAUUUUUAUUGAGGUUGUGAGAACUGGUGGAACAGUUAGACGAAAAUGCCAAGGGCAUUUUUUUUUGAGAAUUUAAUUCUCUACUAUUUAGAUGACUCAGGGAAUUUUUUCUGUUUUUAGUUGAGGGUUGAAUGACCCUUGAGAAGGCUGGAGUUGAGGGCUAAAUGGUUUUGAGGGUCAAACAGCCCUUGUCAAGGGGUCAGAGAGGGUCAUUUGACCCUCAAUCCUACAUGUCUUCAAGGUUCAUGUGCUCCUUAAGAUAAUUUGACCUUCAACUCCAAACAUUCUUAAGGGUCGUUUGAUCAUUUCACCCUCAGCCCCAAAAAUCAAGCUCUUUGAGUUUGACCGUGGGAAUCAUUUGACCCUAACAGUUUCAAGAUCAAAUAAGGGUCAAACGACCCUUAAGGACGCUUGGAAUUGAGGGUCAAACAGCCCUUGUCAAGGGGUCAGAGAGGGUCAUUUGACCCUCAAUCCUACAGGUCCUCAGUUCAUUUGCCCCUCGACUCUGAAUGUCCUCAAGGGUCGUUUGACCAUUUGACCCUCAGUCCCGAACAUCAUUAAGGGUUGUUUUUAAUUCUAUAGGUCUUUGAGUGUGACCCUUAGAACCAUUUGACCUUCAACAGGACCAAAUGAUUUUAAGGGUCAAAGGACUCUUAACCCUCAAGGGGUCGCAUCGUGAGGGAAUCCCCGCCAAACCAUACGGAACCUAUAGGGCGUCACUGUAGAGUGAGAUGCUAGAAAAACGUGACCACUUAAGAGUUAAGGACGUUUGGAAUUGAGUGUCAAAUAGCCGUUGUCAAGGGGUCAAUGAAGGUCAUUUGACCCUCAUCUACUCAGGGGUCGUCUGACCAUCAAGACCAGGUGACCUUCAACCAAAAAUCAAAUCGUUUAGAAGGUCAGAAAAUCUUUAAGAACAUUUGGAGUUGAGGGUCAAGCAGGGCGAUUAGAUAGGGUCAUUUGAACCCUAAGACAAUUUGACCUUCAACUUCUUAUGGGUCAAUUGACCCUCAAGACCAGUUAACCCUCAAUUAGAAAUCGAAUGGUUUUGAGGGUCAAAAAAUCUUUACGAACGUUUGGAGUUGAAGGUCGAGCAACCCUUAAAAACCUCAAAUGGGUUAAAAAACCUUAUGAGGGUCAGAUGGUCCUGACGGUCGAGUGAAUUAAAUCAGGGUGUUUAGAUAGCAUACCUUUAAGAUAAUUUGCCCUUAAGACAAUUUGACCUUCAACUUCUUAAGGGUUUGACCCUCAAAACCAGUUAACCCUCGACUGAAAGAACCAAAUGGUUUUGAGGGUCAAAAAUGAUUUGGAGGGUCAUUUGACCCUUGAAACCAUUUGACCUUCAACGUCUUAAGAGUCAUUUGAUCCUCACGACCACUUGACCCUCAACUUAGAACAAAGAAAAUUCCUGACCUGCCCCAAGUAGCCAUGCUUCACUCGACUUCAUUCUCAAUUGUUAAUUGUUGAAUUAUCUCACUAAUGAGUAGGUUUACAAAAAAAUGUCAUAAAUCAUAUAUGUCCAGAAUUUAACAAACAACAAAAAAUGUCGAAUCGCAUUUUGUCGUAAGUCCACCCAUUACCGAGAUAAAUUCACCCCCAACAAGACAUCACGUUUCACUCGAACAAUUUUACCACUUUGUUGAUCAAAUGAGAACAAAAAAUACAUGAACGUUGAAAUUACCUUGACAUUACAGAAUCCGAGAUUUAAUUUGUAAUUUUAAGAGGGUGUUGUGGAUAAAUUAAUUCUCUUAUUUAGUUGUUAAUAAUUAAUUCAAUGUCUCAAAAAUUGUACAACUGAAUUUUGUUUACAAUAAAUAAUAAUAACAAUAAAAAAAUUGAAAAUUGCAAAUUGA